UUAAAAUCGUUAUUCAUUUAACUUGUCCGAUAUACAUAUAUUCAAACAAUAACAAAAAAAAAUGACUGUGAAACGUUAUCCUUACACGUCCGUGGACAGAACUAACAUUUAUAAAUCAUGUAUAUAUUUCACUGGCACGAGUGAUUAAGAAGCCUAGGAUAAUUUGAAGACAUUCUGUGUGAAUCUACUAAAGAAUUAUGUCCUGUAACUGAAUUUUGCCGAGGGAUUGUAUGUUAUUUAUCCUAUUUUGUAUAAAUUGCGAUAAAGAGUGGAAAAUGCACCCUUGUAUAUGGCUACUAAAUAUGGUGCCUCCUGCACACGACCUAAGAAUGUUCUCAGCCGGUCUUCCUUACAACUGCUGCAUAUUGUAUCACAUCUUUGCCUUUCCCAGCAUAGCUAAGAUAACUGUGGCGAGCAUAAAAUGUAAUACACCAGGACUACAAACAAGAAUAACAGACAAAGCGCUUAAUUAUGCCACAGAUGUUGCGUUAGACAUACUUUCCAAACAGGUGACGGGCCAGGAAAUUCCGGAUCAACACGGUAGUUCUGGGGACGUUUCUUAUGACAUCACAGGAUUAAAGAUAAACGCAUUUAGCAAGCCUAGCAGUAGAGUCUCUUUGAUACAGAAGGUUGGAGUGGCUUGGAGUACAAGCGGAAGUUCACUUAACGUCCACGGAAAAUUUCAUUAUAAAUACCACGGAAUAUUUCCUAUAUCGGAUUCUGGAAGUUUUGAUCUGAGAGCAAGUGGCAUUAAUGCUGCUAUUAAUAUAGAAUUGGGGUCGGAUACUACGGGGCAUCCUACAAUGAAAUCAGUUGGUUGUAGCUGCAGUGUUGACUCAGCGGACAUAAGCUUUCAUGGCGGCACUGCAUGGAUCUACAACUUGUUUUCUGGUAUAGUGGCAGAUAAACUGAAGGAUAUUGUUGGAGGAAGCAAUGGAAUUUUAUGCCAACAGCUUAACAAUCUUGUGAAUGUAAAUGGAAUGGAAAGUCUUAAAAAACUGCCAGUUACGGUGGAAAUAGCGAAGCUGUUCCUAUUGGAUUACAGAUUCCUGUCAAAACCUUCAUUUCAAUCUACAUUUAUGGAGACAUACCAUAAGGGUGAAGUAUUUUGGAAAUCAAACCCGAACGAGGCACCUUUUCCAGUUCCUCCAUUGUUGAGAUUUUCCAAUACAUCAAGGAUGAUGUACCUUUGGGUGUCUGAUUUUCUAUUCAACUCUAUGUCUUAUAAUGCAUACAAAUAUAAUCAACUCCAAUACAACGUUACAAACAAAGAUCUCCCUGGAGGGGUUUUGAACACAACCUGUCAAAAGAUUACAUGCAUAGGGAAUUUCAUCCCAGAAAUCGGAAAGAGAUUUCCCAACACAACAGUGAUGUUAUACAUGAAAUCUACAACGAUGCCAAACAUGACUGUCCGGAAUGGGUCUACUAUGGUGGAAGCCUCUGGUGACAUCCUUUUCUUUGCUCAACAACAAGGUGGGAAGUACACCCACUUCUUAACAUUGUCAGCAAUGAUGUCAUCAACAAUAUCUGUAAGGAUACAAAAUGAGAAGAUUUAUGCCAAAGUCCUAAAAUUACCGAUUGCAGUAAAAGUGAAAGAUUCGAAAAUCGGACAACUUUCACCCCAGGUUUUGGAUUUGAUUAUAAAAGGUGUUGUUGCGGUAUUCGUGGAACCAAAACUAAAUGACUUUGGAAGUAAAGGUUUCCCUCUACCCGUCAUCGAAUCUGUACAUUUUGUUGACACGCAAGUGACAAUUGCUAAGGACACACUUUUGAUUGCUACAGACCUGAAGUACAGUGGAUGAAAAUGUAGUGUUACUAGGAUAUUUAACGAAUUUCUCAAAACGUUUUCUAAGGCAUAUUUUCUGACACUUUCAUGUAUAAUUUUAACUGAAAAAGUUGCAAAGGAUAAUCAUGUAAAGUGUAUAUUAAAACUAACUGUUUUAAAGCUAUUUCUGUAUUGAAAAUUUGAAUUGCAAAUUUCAUUUUUUACUUACGUGCA